GAUAAAAAUAUAAAACGGACAAGUGGAAAAACAAAUUUUGUUUGUGGUUCGCCAGUGAUGAAAACAGCGAAAUCCCUGUAGUUCAUGUCCUGCUGGACUUCCAUAUUUGGUUAAUCGUGUUUCCAUAACCGACAAGAUUUUUUGGACCGAUGAUAGUUAUGGACAGUUUGGGGAGUGACCAUUUGCUUCUCCUGCUGAAUAAAAGUUUGGUUUAUUCGUCCAUGCGCGUUAACUGGUGAAGACACCAAAAAGAGACUGUCUGAAAAUUUAAGGUUCAGGUGUUUGUUUGCUUCCACAACUUCACCGCUGGGAUCGUUUGCCCGCUGAGCUGCCUGAUUGGUCGUGAGGAGCAAUGAUGUCACCGCGCGCUUUGCUGUCCCGGCCGCUACAGCAGCCAACGCAGGCUGAGGACUUGAGAGGAGCUCCAGAUGGAGUUGGCGCGCAGUGGGAGUAGAGCUAUAGACUGUGAAGGCGUUGUUAGUGCUGCCUUGAUGACCUCGACCUGGUUCCACUCACAGCCCAGCAGCCCGUCAUGGGGGACGGUGGUGGCGCGUCCUCGCCAGUGAACUUCCAGAAUGGCACAGGGAGCGAGACGUCCGACUCACCGGGCUCCGCUGCAGCCGCGUCAGAGCAGUGGAUGGCGGGCAUGAGCGUGGUUAUGGCUUUGAUCGUCCUGUCCAUCGUGUUCGGAAAUAUCCUGGUCAUCGUGGCCAUCGCCAGGACGCAGAGGCUGCAGACUCUCACCAACGUGUUCAUCGUGUCGCUGGCGAGCGCGGACCUCAUCAUGGGGCUCCUGGUUGUGCCAUUUGGCGCGGCGCUCGCGGUGCGCGGUUCGUGGCUGUAUGGUACCUUUUUCUGUGAGUUCUGGAUCUCGGUGGACGUUCUCUGCGUCACCGCCAGCAUCGAGACCCUGUGCGUUAUCGCCAUAGACAGGUAUGUGGCUAUCACAUCACCUUUCCGCUACCAAAGCUUGUUAACCAAAGCCCGGGCCAAAGCGGUGGUGUGUGUGGUGUGGGCGAUCUCUGCGCUGGUCUCCUUCUUGCCCAUCCUGAUGCACUGGUCUCGGGACAGCGUGGACACAGACUGCUACGAGGACCCCGAAUGUUGCGACUUUGUCACAAACAGAGCAUACGCCAUCUCCUCAUCCAUCAUAUCUUUUUACAUUCCUCUCCUGGUCAUGAUAUUUGUUUACGCCCGCGUGUACAGAGAGGCGAAAAAGCAGCUGAGGAAGAUUGACAAGUGCGAGGGCAGGUUUCACAACACCUUAACCGGACUGACCUCCAAGUGCAAGAAGAGGCCGUCUAAGAUCCUGGCACUCAGGGAGCAGAAAGCGCUCAAAACGCUUGGCAUCAUCAUGGGAACGUUCACUCUGUGCUGGCUGCCCUUUUUCAUAGUGAACGUCGUGAGGGUUUUUUGCGCAGAGGUGGUGGACAAGGACCUUUUCGUGUUUCUGAACUGGCUGGGGUACGUGAACUCUGCGUUUAACCCCAUAAUUUACUGCCGAAGCCCAGAUUUCAGGAAGGCUUUUAAGAGGCUGCUGUGCUGCCCGAGGCAAGCCGACCGCAGGCUACACAUUAGCUCCUGCGACCUGUCCCGAUGCUCCGGCGGGUUCGUCUCCUCUCUGGAGCCCGGAACGUUGGGGAUGUGGUCAGACUGCGCCGGCUUGGACAACAGUGAUAGUAGCCUGGGGACCGGAAAGUUGUCUCACUCCGAAUCACAGCUGUGAUAGGGGGGGGGAUAAUGACAAAAUAGGCAAGUUUCUUUUUGGAGACGGAGUGCGUAAGAGCCAUAUUUAAUCAUUUCAAUGGGGACCUUUUCAACAACAAACAGGAUCAUUUGAGUUCAAACAACAGGCGAAAAUGCUAGAAACGUGUUUGAAAGCCAUUUUUAAAGCAUCAGGAUAAAUAUUUUCCCGAUAUCUCCGUUUGGCUCAGAGAGAGAGUUUAGUGUGAAAGAGAAAAUCAAAUUUGCCAAAAUUAUAGCUCAUCAAUCCUAAAAUGAAGUGGCUGUAAAGCUUCUGUGAUUAAAAACCUGUCAGGUGCCGAAUUUGAAAUCCAGUAAAUCUGUGCAUCAGCCAAAGAGCGGAGUCGCACUCCUGUGAUUUAUGCCUGAUAUAAAUAUCAACUUUUCAGUUCUGAUUUUGUUCGAUAAACAGUUGAUUUCUGCAUUUAUGCGUUAUAAUGGGGAAGUGAGAGUCCGAUCCUCGCUCCAGGUUCGUGCGUAAAAAUUCGCUCAUCACCGCUCAGGCGCACUACAACGAACUGUUAUUUAAAGGCACUGGAUAAGAUCAAGGCAUUUGUCGGAGUGACUGUAUCGCAGUCAUGUAGAGCUCACGAAGUAUUUUACCUCACAGCCAUCGGCAAGUGCAAUUUGUACGACAGGUAUUUGUUUAUAUUAAACAUUGGUGUAAAAUAGCCUAUUUAUUCCGCGCUGUCUUUUACAACUAAACGAGUAAUUGUGAGGCUGAUUCUAAUGCCCGUUGUACAUAAUGUGCUGUUUAGUGCCCAAGAGGAAUUUGAGCCUCUCCCUUUGUCUUUGGCUUUACAUGCUGUUGUGAGGUGGUGUGUUAUAAUGUCUGUGAAAAUAAAAGAAAGUUUUACUGUUUAUUGCUGUUUAACCCAUUUUUCGUCUUGUUAUUAUUAUUAUUACUGUGGGAAGGUUUGACUCCACGGGGAGCUGCAGAAAUUCUGAAAUGCUAGAGGAGAAGUGAUUGAAAUGUAAUCACAUUCGGCAACCUCGGUUCGUUCACAAUGUACUAAGAGACUAAUAAGAGCAGCAUUUUGUGGUUAAACAGCGUGGCACCGAGAGGUAAACGGCGCUCUGCAGGAUUUGUGAAUUGGCGUGAUGUCAGAUGCUGUUGUGCUGCUGGGAGGAAGAGGAAUCUGAUUGGCCACCGUGGAGAAGGGAGCCACGAAAUCCGACUCUUGAACAAUGCUUCUUGUGCGCUUUAAUGUUGCAGGGAUAAAUAGGGGUUUGUUUGCAUGCUUCAUUAAAGUCCACUCGUGGGUGUAUCGAUAUUGUAAGCUCAGUUCACAGCUGUCAGAGGAAACAAUUGCGCACGGGGGUGAGGUGAGCCCACUUUACGGCACACGCUCUGACUAACUGGAAAAGCACAGGUGUUAGUGUGCUUAAAGGUGGCUCUGCUCUAUUCAAGUUUCCAACUAAUCCGUGACCCUGAGCUUGUAUGCGCAAUAACAGGAUCCUGAAACCAAAGCAUCUAAAUGGAUUUCACCUGUAUUCAUUUUAUUAUUUAUACAUUUACAAGUGUAACCUUUUAACCAGGGCCUUCUCUGCUGUGGGAUACAAAGAUGGCUCCAGUCUGUGAAAAAAGCCCACUGUUUCUCCUAAUCCACAUCAUAUUCUAAUCCAAUUGCACUACUAAACAUGCCAAUUUGAUGUUGGGAGUUUUAUGCGUUUCCGCCCCUGCCAUUUUGUGUCUUCACUUCAUUUGUGGUUUGCAUACAAGCCUUCUUUUUUGUUUUGUUUUAAAAACAAAAACAACGAUGUGUGGGUGGGUGGGGGCCUGGAGGUUCAUCAGAGAUAGAUUUUUAGAAAGGAUGGUCAAAAAAGCGAUCCAACAUAUGCAGCUUAACUGGUAAAAACGCAGAGUUUCAAAGCCAAGCCAAGAAAACAGUGAUGACUGUAACAGCAAGGUUCCCUUUUUUUCAGACCUUGAAAAGCUACAGAAAAAGAGGCAUUACACAGCUAUUUACACAGGCAGAGAAGCUCUCCCCAGGAUGGGCAAGCUGAGCUUUAGUGGUAAAAUUUAUGUGGUGACACUUUAAAACAUAAGUAAAGGUUGGAGCUACUACUACAAAAAAAAUAACAGUAGGGGGGAUUUUAUGUCUUGCUUUGAUGUCCCCAAAUGUUUUAAGCUCUCACCCGCAUCCACUCUCACUCAGGUUAACCACCUCUCCAGCAUGCUGUUUGAUGAUUCCAUUUUCCUCGAGCGAUACUCUGAAAGCCUAUAGAAAAUAUUUGAGUAAACACCACGGCAGCUGGUGUUCUGAAGUGGCUCUUACAGGAGAGAUUUGCAGUUCUUUCUGGGGAAUAUUAAUCAGCCCUUAAGCUGGACGUCUUUAAAAUGCAUUAGCAUGACGUGUUGUGCUAAUGAUGCUCUCCCAAAAAGCCAGAGCUGUACAUUUCAAUUAGGCCGGAAAAACUGAAUGGAACUGAGCUCAGCUGUUCUGGCUAAUGAACAAUGUUUAGAUAUGAUUGGGUGAACUAAUGAGUGUGAAUGAGACCCAGCUUUCAGAAAAACGAAUAAGAACACCAGUGCAGCCAGCGUCAGUGAUGGCCUCCUGGCAAAGACCUGCUUCAUUAUUAAGCAUUUGUUUGUUUGGCAGGAAGUUUGCGUUUGGGCAGAUUAGCUGUGGGCUCACAUAUGGAGGAGCUAAUCAGUGGUUUUAAGAGUAAUUGUUUCAAAUUGCAUGUGUAUCAGCAGACAUUUUGGCUGCUCCAAGUCGAAGUAGAUAAAGCGAUACCAACAUGACCUCUGUGCGAGCAGAGGUUAUAACUCCAUAUGGUGUUUACAUUCAGAAAUAUGUUCGCCAGUGAUUUACCCUUGGUGUUUCACCCACAUGUCUCUGUGGUAUUUUACAGUCCAGGCUGGAGUGUAAUAUAUUUAACUGUGAUAGGCAAAGAUCAGGGUUAAACACGGGGUUGUAUUAGUAAACACUCCUAAUUGAAUUGUGCUUCAUUACAUCUUGUACAUAAUUUGUGGAAUCUGAGACCAUUUACAAGGAAUUGAAUAAUGUCCCUCAUAAAAUUCCUAUAUCCCUACAAUCCACACCUCCGUGCAACACCUAAACACUCCUUUGUUACCGCUGCAAGAUCACUGGGUGCUGAAAAUGGGUGUAAGGAAGGCAGCACUCAAUACUUUAGUAAAUAACUUUCUUUCUUGCUGUAGGUUAAAUAGUGUAAAAUAAAGACUCAUCUUUGCAGCAAAUACAUUGCAACAGUUAAAACCUCAUAUAAAAUAAGGGUAAAAACCUUUUUUAAAAAAAAGGGAUGGAGGAGUUACAUUUGUUAGUUGUUGGAAUGGCAGAGACUUCAGCAGCCACAAUUUCUGACCUUUGGACAUAGUCAUUGUUUCCAGGUUCUAUGAUAAGCUUCAAAAACAGAUGUUUAGAUCUUUUACUGUUACGUACACCCCCAUGUUUCAGUAAAUUCUCCCUCUGGUAAUUAAUUAUUUGUUUUGGUUGUCCUAAUUGUCCUGAUUAGGUGCUGAGGCUCAUGUACAUGUUG